AUGCCUGAACUUCCCGACUUUCUACCUGUCGAAUACUCCACAAAGCCCUUCUGGCGCACGGAGCUCCACGAACUCGAUGAGCUCCGAACAACCCCAGAGCUACCACAGCGAAGCGAUUUGGUGAUCAUCGGCGCAGGAUACUCUGGAGUUAGCCUCGCCUAUCACAUCUUCAAGCAGCUUCCCGCCUCCGACCAGCCCCACCCCGCAAUCACCAUUCUUGAAGCAAGACAGAUAUGCUCCGGAGCGACUGGUCGGAAUGGCGGCCAUUUGCGUCCUGACCUAUAUGGCAAUAUCCCAAAGUAUAUCGAAAGAUAUGGCGUCGAGGCCGGCGCUGAAGUCGCGAACUUUGAGAUUUCGCACAUACCAGCAUUGAAGAAGGUUAUCGCUGAAGAGAAUAUUGAUUGCGACUUGAAUCUGACCCGGAGUAUGAAUGUGUAUCUUAACGAGCAGGAAGGGGAGCAGGCGAGACAGAUCUAUGAGGCGCUUGUCUCUCGAGGGCUCGAGUAUACAUCUGAUCUCCAUUAUACGCCCCAGAAGUAUGCUGAGAAGAUAUCAGGCGUCAAGGGUGCUAAAGCCUGUAUCUCAUACACAGCAGGCAGCCUCUGGCCGUAUAAGUUCGUGCUAGGACUUCUCUCAAAGAUUGCUGAUUCUCCAUUAGUCAAUGUGCAAACAUCAACCCCGGCGACUUCAGUGACCUCCGAAGAUGGCGUGCAUAUUGUCCACACACCGCGUGGCUCAAUUCGCGCAUCUAAAGUUGUGUAUACGACGAACGCUUAUACGGCAGGACUCUUACCAGAGUAUUCGGCCAAUAUUGUGCCAUGCCGGGGUAUCUGCUGUCACAUCUCAGUCCCAGAGGGCAAGGAUGCUCCCUUCUUGCCAUACUCUUAUAUUCUCAGGACAGCCGAUGGUAAGGGCGUGAGCUACCUGACUGUACGGCCUGAUGGAAGCAUCAUCGUUGGUGGUGCUCAGUACACCUUUUUCGACCAAAGGGAGCAGUGGUAUAAUGUAGUCGACGACAGUACACUGAUCGAACCGACGAAGAAUUAUUACGAUGAUUAUAUGCAGCGUACCUUCAGCGGCUGGGAGGAUACCGGCGCAUAUGUGAAGGAGAUCUGGACUGGCAUCAUGGGAUACACAAGCGACUCUUCACCCCAUGUUGGGGAGAUCCCAGGCCAGCCUGGAAAGUACAUAAGCGCAGGCUAUGAUGGUCAUGGCAUGCCAGUGAUUUUCCUGGCCACGAAAGGACUUGCGGAUAUAAUUGUAAAGGGGCUGAGUUUUGAGGAGACCAAAUUACCCCGUACCUUCAAGACGACGGCUGAAAGGAUCCAGAAGGCUGCUAACGGUCCUGAGGGUGGAGACAUCUUUGCGGAGUGA